AUGAUAUUUUAUGUUAUUUUUUACAUAGUUCCCGCUGUUGUUUUGUUGGAACCUCCUGAGCCGUUUGAUUUUGUGGAAGAUGCCUUAGCAAAAUACGUAAAUCAUAGCGUUGAUCCAUGCGACAACUUUUAUCGCCACGCUUGCUCAUUUAACAGUCCGUCAUGGUUGAUCAACGAGGCUUUUCGAAACUUGAAUUCAUAUCUUGAGGAGCUACGAAAUAAAUCGGCUUUUAACGAUUUGACUAUUCUUAACGAUUACAACAAAUUUCAAGACAAAUUGAGUUUAGUGUCUGGUUCGGAUGCUACUAUUGAAUUUUUUGUUGGGUUUUUUGAUUCGGUAUGUUCCAAAAAAGAUGACAUUGCUUCAACACUAUUCGAAAGCAUUGAAGACAUAAUAAAUAAUUAUGGCCAUAUGUACCGAUCACAAAGAAAGGAAAUAGAUACAAAUGAUUGUUCAACGCUGUCGCAACAACUGAAGGCGUCAUUAGAAAUAUCAAAAAGCAUUACAGAUUCACUGAAUAUCAAUACGCUACUUUUUGAUACAAAUAAGCGCUUGAGUUUGUUAGUGAAAACCAUCAAAGUGAUAACUUCUCACUUAGAAGUAGAUGUACGCAGAGGAAUUGAAGAAAUUCGAAGAACCACUGAAAACGUAGUUGGAAUUGCAUUAAAUCUAAUUGAGGAAACACCGUGGGCGAGAAAUAUGCAUGUUGUGGAAGAAAUAAAAAAUGUAACUUCACAAGUUACAAUGAACGAUAAUUACGGAAAAGAUUUCAAAGAAAUCGCACAAAUAUUAAUGAAAUUGGAAGAUACCUUCAUAAAUUGCAAAGCUACCUAUGGUGCAUUUGAAAAUGGAGAUUUUUUCUGUUUUGUUUUGUCUUCAAGUAAAUUUCGAGAGCCGGAUGUAAUAUACGACCAUUUUUUUAUGGAGGAUAACGCAAGGAAUGAAAGGAAUAAAGUUUUUUUUGGAUAUCCAAACUACUAUUACCAGCAGUAUGGUCGAGGGCAACGGUCCUCAGCACCUUCCGUACUUUUCCGCAAAAGUUAUAGACUGUGUACAAAACCAAUACAAUUCCACCUGCAAUAAAUUCAACGAGAAUGGUUGCAACACCAAUGAGGACAAUUUAGAUGAUAAUGGUGCAGAUAUAUUCGGACUUCAAGUCGCAUACGAAUUGCUGGAAACAUAUUAUGCGGAUAACUUGAGAAAAACGAUUGAUCGGCUCGGCAUCACAUAUCAGAAACUGUUUUUCUAUUCAUACGCAUUUAAUUUUUGCAGAGGUGAACAGUCGACAUAUCAACCAGAUCAUUCAGCUCACAACAUCAGAAUCAAUGUUGUAGCUCAAAAUCCUGGUUUCCAAGAAGCUUUCCAGUGUUCUGAAGAUUCACCAAUGAUGCAGUCCGCAACUGAGCAGUGUUUCAUCUACGGCAGAGAUGCUCCUGAAAUCAGAAGAAGAAAGUUUUCAGACUAA